GACUCAUCGACGUCCUCAGGAUUCCCACCUCCGCUCCGAGCAGAACUUCGCUCAGUCGUUCAUCCCAGCGCCGAGACAAGUCGGCUCAUUCUCUUCAAGCCAGCGGGAUCAACGUGAGCCGUCCAGCUCCAGAAGCUGCAGAACACCUGGAACAUCAGGAUCAGACCAUGAGGAGCCGAGUCGCGCUGUGUGCGCUGGCGCUGCUGUGCCUCCACAGCUCCGUCUUUGGGCAGGAGGUCGUGGACGUGCAGCCUGGCGUCCUGAUCUUCUGUGACGACCCGUCUGUAGAAAAGGCCGUGAGCAGCGCUGUGACCAAGUUCAACGGGAAGCUGACCAGCGGACACACGCUGGCCCUGUUCCAGAUCCUGACGGCCAGUAAGUCAGAGAACGGCGCCAACUCCGUGUACUCGCUGCAGUUCACCACCAGGAGGAGCGACUGCCUCGCUGAAGACAGGAAGCCCUGGAGCGACUGUAACUAUCUGCCCUACGGACACAAGGCUCCGAUCUCAUGCAACGCCACCGUCAACAUGUCAGACACAGAGGCAGACACUAAACAGGUGGACUGCCUCGUUGACCACGUGACUCCGGACAAGGCUCCCUGUCUGGGCUGCCCCAGGGAGAUCGACGAGAACUCGGAGGACAUCAGAGUUCCUCUUUCUGCCUCCAUCUCCAAGUACAACUCCAUGUCCACCCACACGCACCUGUUCACCCUCAACAACCUGGGCCCCGUCACCCAGCAGGUCGUCGCAGGCCUCAGGUACAAGAUGAGCUUCGACAUGAGGAAGACCAAAUGUGCCAAAGCCGAACACAAAGACCUGAACGAACUGUGUGUCUUGGAUGGAGAGAAAGCGGAGUUUGUCACCUGUAACUCCAUCGUGGACGUCGCGCCGUGGAGAUUCGAGAACCCAGAGGUCCAGUUAGAGUGUGCGGACGGUGAAAUGCCUGUUUCGUUCAGCCGGCGUCGUCCUCCCGGCUGGUCUCCACUCAGGUCCAUUCUGCGGGAAACCCCCCCCUCCUUUAAGAAGCCUACGGCGGCACCACCUGUGGCCCCUUCAGCGGCUUCACCCAAGAAGGAAUCCUCCGAGGAGGACAACACGGGCUCCAAACACACGCCCCCCACGGCGGCUGCCGAGGAGCUGAAGAAGAACCCGUUCCACUGCCCCUCCAAGCCCUGGAAGCCCUGGAGCCCCGUGGAGCCCCCCCCCCCUGGGGCCCCCACCCAGGCCAGCACCACGGCCACGGCGGCUCCGCCCGCGGACGGCCAGGCGUGAGGCGCCCACCGGCCGCUCCAGAUGCUCCACACACUCUCACCAACACCAGGGCGAUCAAGGAACAGAGCAAAGGGAAGGACUGACAGCUCUGCACUCAUCCGUGUGGAAUCAGUUUCAUGGGAAAAGCAACGAUCACAUUUUACAAUAAAGGUUGUUGGUUUUA